GCCGCGAUUGUCCUCAUUCAUCAUACUCGAGCGGGUGUACCUGAAGCGGCAGCCUUUUACAUACAUACACACCCCCUGCUACCAUGAAGUUCCUCGUCCUUUCGUGCGCCCUGCUCGCGUUAGCCGUCGCGCAACCGGCCAAGCAUGAGAACUGGAAGAACGCCAUGGACGAGAUGGUCGAUCAGAGUAGGUCCGAGUGCGCGCAGAAGAACGACGAGGUCGCAUGCAUGAAGUUCAAGGUGUUCAAUCUGAUCGACCAGGCCUUCAGCAAGGAUAACUUCAAGGUAUCCGAGUCAGUGGAAGUUACGCGUAACUCGCAACCCGUCGAGGAAGUGUCCGCCCGUAGCGAGGUUUCCUUCCUCGACACCGUGCAAAACUACUUGGCCUCUCACGACGUGACCUUCAAGCUGCCGCUGGACUCCGCCGUGAAGGUGAGCUCGCGCAACAUCGAGGACGACCAGCUCACCUUCGAAGUCAAGUUCGGCCAGGGCCGUGCCGUCGACGAAGCCCGCAGGUCCAAGCUGAAGAAGGUUGUCAUCCCCAUCCUCGUGUUCGUGUUGCUGAAGGCGAUGACCCUGAUCCCACUGGCCAUCGGUGUGCUCGGCCUGAAGGCCUGGAACGCCCUGCAACUCUCGUUCUUCAGCUUCAUCGUCUCGGUUGGCAUGGCCAUCUUUCAGCUAUGCAAGAAGAUCGCCGCCGACGGCCACGGGGCGCCGAUCGCCCACGGACCUUGGGAGUAUCAGGCUCAAUACAGGUCCUUCCAGGAUCAGGAUCAGUUGCCGUCGUCGCAGUUCGCGCAUAAUCAUGCGUACUCCGCUCACGUGCAAUCCUAACGCUGCCGCCGCCGACGCCGCCGUCUGUUCGUCGCCGGCGCUUUUGUAAAAUACUUAGCUCUCUCUUCCUAUUUGUACUGUCUAUUUAAUAAAUUAUUACUGCAAGUCACACACACGUACUCUGCGCUGCACCUUGAAUAUUUCAUCACAACCCGACACCGUUCCUCGUCAAACGCUGAGACUUAUUCAGG